AUGUCGGCCACUGCCAUAUCCGCGCAGUUUUCCCCCUUUGAGUUCUACGAUAGUAACCCAGCGUUUUGUUCUCCAAACUUUGUCUUUCCGGAUACCAAUCUCGAUCUUGCCUCGUUUGCUCCCGACCCGCCCUUGUCAUUCUACGACACCGACCCAUCUGCCUUUUUACCUUUACCCCCCGACCUCGCUGGCUUCGGUGAUCUGGACUAUGCAAGUCUACCAACGGAGACUUCCAGUUCGCCGUAUGCGCCCGAUUCGUUUGGCUUGACUGCGAUUUCGACUCCUGUUGAUGUGAACGACUCUCUGCCUUUUUUGGACAUUGAUUCCUCGGCCACAGAUUCAGACACACAAAUCAGUCACGGCCAACUACCUCUGCUCAUGCCCGCCUCGAGACCCCCGCCCGUGUCCAUUACUGCGGCGUCGACCUCCAAGGACAACCCGCCCAAGGAGACCCCGAAUCGGGUCUCGAAGCGUCAGCUGAAUACCCUUGCGGCGCGGAGAUACCGCCAACGACGGGUGGACCGGAUGAACGAGCUUGAGGCGGAACUGGAGAAGGUGAAGCGGGAGCGGGACGAGUUGAAGAUGCGGGUGUCGAAGCUCGAGGGGGAGACGGAGGCGUUGAGGGGAUUGUUGAAGAAUAAAGAGAAGUAA